AUGCCUGCGCCUUCCAAACAAUUGGUAGUCCCGGCUCCAUGGGACCAGCCUCACAUACCGAAGAAGGUCUACAUCGAUUGUUGCCAUCGGAUUAACGACAAGGAGGACAAACGGCAGAGAUCCCCGAUCAGGAUUAAUGCCCGCCUACGAGACUCACGGAUGAGGGUCCUUGGAAACAAAUCACCCCUUAGGAAGGUCCAAGGGUUGGAGUCGGAGGUAGAAUCUGAACACGAAUAUGUCUCCUCCAAAGACACCGAAUCGAGCUACCGUUCGGAAACUCCCACGGAGUAUUCAAAGGCAAGACCACCGAGUCCGCGGAGAACUUCCGAAGACUACAGUUCCAAGGAGGUUCCAAGUCGAGACCCCAUUAUCCGUCUGCUCUUCCAGAGAAUUCAGAAUAUGGAAAACAACCGAACCCGGUCCCAAGAAACUGAUUGGGGGAAACUUCGGCAGGGAGCCUUUACCGAACGCAUCAAGAAGUACAGGCAGGACAGGGAGGUACAGCAGUUGCGCAUACCGUUCUACACCGGCGUGGAGGACCCCUUGACGCACCUUCACUCUUUCCAAUCGGCAGUCGGAUGCAAGGGCCUUAGCGAUGAAGGGCAAUGCCUGUUAUUCCUAUCCUCCCUUACCGAAGCCGCUUUGAAUUGGUUAUACCGUCUUGAACCAGGAACGGUAGACUCAUUUGACGAACUGAAACAGAUUUUUCUCAACCGCUUCAUGAUCCAGAUAGACCGUUUGUACUCCGCCGACGAUCUGUACAUGAUUCGGCAGAGAGAAGACGAACCCCAACGGGAAUACGCUGCGCGCUUCAGUCAUGAAUACUCGAGGUGUCCGGAAACGGACGAUAGGGCAGCCUACGGCGCCUUCAAGAGUGGCCUUCGGUCCUCUCACUUUAGGUAUCUUGUGCACAGUAGCAACUAG